ACAUUAGAGAUCAUCCGGAAUUAUAUAAAGUUGGGGUAGAUUUCGGCGACGAAACUUGUAAUUUCGAUGAUCGUAUCUUGCAACACGAAGAAGGGUUGAUCAAGCCUCCACCUGCCCCAACUCCUAAAACAACCAAAGCUACACCUACUCCAACCCCUAAACCUUUAAAUAGAUCAACGUGA